AUGUCUGCGCACCCGCGUGCCGAUGGGGCGCCAGCCACCUCUUACACGCCCUCUCGCGGCAAAAGGUCCGUUUCCGGUGGCCACUACCGGGCUCGGUCCCCUGCGGUCGACUCGGCGGACCGGGCGGCGCGCGAAGAGCACAUUGCGCGGGCCAAGGCAUUGUCGCGGGCCUGUCGCGCGCUCAACCUGGCCAAGAAGGAGGACAAGUAG